CCAAAUUCUCUGAACAUGAUUUUCCGCUUGACCAAAAAAAAAAAAUUUCCUCUGAACAUGGCAGCUCAAGCGGAAGCCUCGUACAAUGCAACCCGUAAUGGUGCGAUUCACUCGGAGGGAUUUUGUCGUCUCUUUUCACUAGAUGAGGUACUAACAGCCACUAACAACUUUGAUGAUACAUUAGUCAUUGGGAACGGGGGAUUCGGUAAAGUAUAUAGAGGCUUGAUUACUUAUUUGGAACGGGGAACGGGGGAGCUUCGUACUAUGGCUGCUGCCAUAAAGCGGUUGAAUGUUGAAUCCAAACAAGGCGCGGGAGAGUUCUGGACGGAGGUCAAGAUGCUUUCAAAGCUCCAGCAUACUCAUCUUGUUUCGUUGAUCGGCUACUGCAAUGAACUUUCGGAGAUGAUCCUUCUUUACGAAUAUAUAGGUCGAGGGACCCUCGCCGAUCAUCUUUAUAAGCUAACAGGAAGUGGUCAGAUUGUUUCUCCUCUCACGAUGGAGGAAAGGCUUAGUAUUUGUAUUGGUGCCGCCCGAGGACUAAAUUACCUUCAUGCUGGUACCAUUACCAACCAAAAAUUCAUUCACCGAGAUGUGAAGACCACAAAUAUUCUACUAGACGAUAACUGGGUAGCCAAGAUUUGUGAUUUCGGGUUGUCAAAAGGGACUACAAGUUAUUCAAUAACCCAUGUUAGCACGGAUGUGAAAGGCACGUUCGGGUAUUUUGAUCCAGAGUAUUUCCUAACCCGGAGAUUAACCACGAAAUCUGAUGUGUAUGCCUUUGGUGUGGUAUUAUUGGAAGUGCUAUGUGGGAGGCCGCCUGUGGAUACAAGACUGGUUGAGGAGCAAAUCGGUUUAGUCCAAUGGGCUCAACAUUGCAUCAAAAAGGGAAAACUCAACGGAGUAAUUGAUCCCUCUCUCAGUGGACAAAUUGCACCGCGUUGUCUGAAGUCUUUUGUUGAACUUGCUAACAAAUGUUUGCAUAAAGAUCGAAAAUCACGGCCCACGAUGGCUGAAGUGUUGGGCAGCCUUGAGCUUGCAUUGGUAUCCCAACAGAAAGGAAGAACAGAGGGAAUAAUCAACAGGGCAUUUCAAACUAUGGAUCGGUGGUUGAGGGAUAGGAAGGACAAUGGUUCCUCAAUGGGACGAUCAAAGGUAGAUGUGACUCUGGAAUCAGAUGAAAACAGUGUCACCCACUCUAACGGUCAUUAUUCAUUCUUUGAGGAAGUACUUCGGUUGACGGAGAGGAACGGCAAUGGUUCCUCCGGGAAAGAAUCAAGUGAAGUGAUUCGGGAAAUAGACAAUGGUCCCUCAAUGGGACAAUCAAAGCAGGGGCGGAGGAUAUUAGUGGGCGCAGAUGGUUUUUCAGACAGAGCUGAGGCGAAUAUAAGCCCUGAUUCACCUGAGUUUGCUUCUUUUGGUUCAGAAGAGGGCCCUGGGAUAGAGGAAUUCCAAAUCAUUGGCGAGGCUAAACCGGGGUACCGACUUCUAGGAUGCGGAUUUCCUAUUCGUGGAACUUCUCUCUGCAUGUUCCAGUGGGUUCGUCAUCUUCAGGAUGGAACAAGGCAGUACAUAGAGGGAGCUACAGAUUCAGAAUAUGUUGUCACUGCCGAUGAUGUGGAUAAACAUAUUGCCGUUGAGUGUAUACCAAUGGAUGACCGAGGCCGUCAGGGGAAGCUGGUGCGGCUUUUUGCUAAUGGUCAAAACAAAAUUACCUGUGACCCAGAUAUACAAUUGGAGAUUGACACCUAUGUCUCUAAAGGUGAAGCCACAUUUAGUAUUCUGCUGCUGAUGGAUGCUUCGGAGACUUGGGAGCCAAUAACUCUCGUUUUGAAACGAUCUGGCUACCAAAUCAAGGAUAACAGAUCCCAAGAAACUUUAAUUGCAGAGAAAUUCUCUAAAGAUUUAUCGAUCAAAAUCCCUAGUGGGGUCUCUGCUCGAUUUGUUUUAACAUGUUCGGAUGGCUCUUCACAUUCGCUCAACACAUAUAAUGGUGUUCGAAUGCGUGAUACUCUUGUAUUGACCAUGAGAAUGUUCCAAAGCAAGGCGUUGGAUGAAAGGAAGAAAGGAAGAGCGUAAACCCUCGUUUUUCUCAUUUAGGCACUGUACGUACAAGUCAUUAUUCAUUCUUUGUAGAAUGUAAAGGAAAAGAGGAGAGAAAAAAACCCAGUAAUUCUGUAUAAGGUUCAUAGAUUUUUUUAGCCGGAAAACAGUAAAUCCCUUCUUUGUUUUACACCCCUGUGAUUGUAACUACUAUAUAGGAAGUCAACUCGAGACUGUUAAUUGCAAAUAUUGUCUUAGUUGAUAAUUUCUGUAAGGUUUUCUUUGCAGAGGAUUGAUCCUUGCAUAUGUGCUAUAUUGUAAUAAUUUACGUAAGAGCAUCUCCAUUUGGUCA